AUGGCUUCAGUGUCAAGGUUGGCAAGACGCAAAGAUGCCAGUCGCUGGCCGAGAAUGUCGUCAACUUUCUGGGCUGUGGUGCUUCUGACAGCGCUGCUGGUUCUCUACUGCGGCCAGCUGGCAGCGGGGACAUGUGAGAUUGUGACGCUGGACAGGGACAGCAGCCAACCACGGCGGACCAUCGCCAGGCAGACGGCCCGCUGCGCCUGUAAGAAGGGCCAGAUCGCUGGAACUACAAGAGCCAGACCCGCUUGUGUGGACGCUGGUAUUGUUCGGAAAAAGCAGUGGUGCGAGAUGGUGCCAUGUUUGGAGGACGAAGGCUGUGACCUGUUAGUCAAUAAAUCUGGCUGGACCUGUACACAGCCUGGAGGCCGAGUCAAAACCACCACGGGUGCCGUUUACAGAAGACAAUCCCCUGGCCAGCCUGCAUCUCCCUUCAAGCUUCCAGAGUAUUUACGCAUUUAUACAUCUGCCAGUGACAGCAUGUGUUCGGCCGAGUAUAAAAAAGCUCUUUCGAUUGGGCUCCGGCUGGGCCUGAUGGGAGCCCCCCAACACCCCACCAUCACCGCAUCCCCCCCUGUGGUUCUGGGUCGGUACCAGCCUUGGUAA